AUGAAGGAAGGACCACUCCGAAUCCAUUUCACCUCCCAACAUCUGGAAUUGGUCUUCCGCGGACCGUUGGCGAAUGGACGAGGAUUCUUGGCCUUGAAAACCACGACACCGGAGGCAUCGAAGAUUUGGAAGGAAUGGCAAAAGAUUCCGACCUUCAGCCACGUUGAGGACGUCGACCACGGGUUUUUGGCCAAACCAGCUAACGUCUUCAAGAACAGACUGAAACUUGCGGAGGAAUACUACCUUGAACCCUCCUUCCGAGUUUGGGUUGAAUCAGGAUUCGCCGCUACUGCUGAGUACCUGAAUUCGGACAAAGGAAGACUGGCUGUAUUGGAGACAACAAUAUUUUUUUAUAAUGUCUUGCCAAAAUAUCCCGGUCCGUUGAAGCAAAAAGUUGUCGACUUAUUUGAUUAUGAGUCGAGAUGCAACCUUCGAAUCACCUCGAAAGACGAUCGAGUCGUUGUGGAUUCUACGAAACAUGUUCCAGAAAAACUAAACAUUUCAGAAGCUCCAAGUGAUAUGUCAGAAGGGAAGUCAAAAAUUCGUUUGGAAGUCGAUUCAAUUACAAUUUGGUUGACUAGAAAAGACAAUCUAACAAAAAUUGAUAGAGGAUGGAAUGGAGACAUUGUUGAAGAAUUGAGUGAAAUUAAACAGGAAAGCCGAUAUGAAAUAUUCCAAACAUCAUUACUCAAACUUUCAAAUAGAUGUGUAAUCGAGGCGGAUACUGUGGAUUUGCAUGGGAUCACUUGUAUGCCGCCAGAAGACCUGAAUUUCAAAUGUUCCUCCCUAAAAAUGUAUGCCAUUCUGGAUGAUUUUUCCGCCGACUGGCUGCGAAAAAUGCAGCCAAGAUUCAAACAAUUCAAAAAUGUUGCAAUUGAUUGCUGA